AUGCUUCCUCUCUUCAUCAAGAUGCUUCCUCUCUUCAACAAAGUGCUUCCUCUCUUGAUCAAGGUGCUUCCUCUCUUGAUCAAGAUGCUUCCUCUCUUCAUCAAGAUGCUUCCUCUCUUGAUCAAGAUGCUUCCUCUCUUCAUCAAAGUACUUCCUCUCUUCAACAAAGUGCUUCCUCUCUUCUUCAAAGUACUUCCUCUCUUGAUCAAGAUGCUUCCUCUCUUCAUCAAGAUGCUUCCUCUCUUCAUCAAAGUACUUCCUCUCUUCAACAAAGUGCUUCCUCUCUUGAUCAAGGUGCUUCCUCUCUUCUUCAAAGUACUUCCUCUCUUGAUCAAGGUGCUUCCUCUCUUCAACAAAGUACUUCCUCUCUUGAUCAAGGUGCUUCCUCUCUUCAACAAAGUGCUUCCUCUCUUCAUCAAGAUGCUUCCUCUCUUCAUCAAGAUGCUUCCUCUCUUCAACAAAGUACUUCCUCUCUUGAUCAAGGUGCUUCCUCUCUUCAACAAAGUACUUCCUCUCUUGAUCAAGGUGCUUCCUCUCUUCAACAAAGUGCUUCCUCUCUUGAUCAAGGUGCUUCCUCUCUUGAUCAAGAUGCUUCCUCUCUUCAUCAAGAUGCUUCCUCUCUUGAUCAAGAUGCUUCCUCUCUUCUUCAAAGUACUUCCUCUCUUGAUCAAGAUGCAGCUUCCUCUCUUCAACAAAGUGCUUCCUCUCUUCAUCAAGAUGCUUCCUCUCUUCAACAAAGUGCUUCCUCUCUUCAUCAAGAUGCUUCCUCUCUUCAUCAAAGUGCUUCCUCUCUUCAUCAAGAUGCUUCCUCUCUUCAUCAAAGUGCUUCCUCUCUUCAUCAAGAUGCUUCCUCUCUUCAUCAAGAUGCUUCCUCUCUUCAUCAAAGUACUUCCUCUCUUCUUCAAAGUACUUCCUCUCUUCAACAAAGUGCUUCCUCUCUUCAUCAAGAUGCUUCCUCUCUUGAUCAAGGUGCUUCCUCUCUUCAACAAAGUACUUCCUCUCUUGAUCAAGAUGCUUCCUCUCUUGAUCAAGUCUUGUAUUUUUUCAAGACAAAUCUUAUGA